AUUUACACUUUUCUCAAGACAAAUUAAUGCCUAUUCAUAAACCUGUUUGGCUUGCAGUUUACACAACUCAUUAGUGAAAGUGGUAGAUCAAAGUAAAUGAGUAAUUAUUUGUUUUCUUUGAUGUCUUUGAAGUUUUCAAUUAUUACUUAUUAUUUGUCUCAGCUUGGUAAAGCCAAGGCAUUUUUUGGGACCAAUUUUUGUUAUAAAAAGGAAGCACUUUGUUGGAAAAAUCAUAACUUGCUCAACUGUUGAACUGCCAAUAUCUACUACUCUAACAAUUACUACCAUGGAACUUAGUAACAUUCUGACCUAUGCUGCUGACCUCAAGUCCUUACUUAUUGUCUAUGACAAUUCUGUUGUUCAAUUGUCUAUGCUAGAUACCAAGAUUCACCGUCUAGACCAACAGAUCUUCACAGCCAACAUAGAAGGGGCCAGUGGUUACGGUGUGCAUCUACAAUCCCAGAAGUCUGUUACAGUUGGUGUCAAAAAGGUGUUUGAAAAGUUAAAGACAAAGAAAUGGCAAGAAAUCCAAGAGUUAUCUGCCUUAAUUCUACAGUCCAAUGACCCCAGUCAUCCUACUCCAACAGCCACGUUAGACAGUCAACCAGAAACAGAUACCAUGGCUACGUCCUUUACAGAAAUGUUCUGUGCCUACUCAAGAACAGCUUAGUGACAAUUUGUUAUUGUAUCAAAAUUAGUGCUUAUGUUUAAAUUGAUUAUAUGUAUUGUCAUUUAUGUCUAAAUGUAGUGUAUGCAUGCUAGUGCUUAUGGAUGAUUGAA